CAGCAGCUAUGUAGCUUGUGUGAAAUUAAUUGUCCUCUGUCCUGUUCCCAAUGAAAACAAAUCAAUACCCUCUCCCUCCCAACCUUCGCAGUUGGCACUCAUUGGAACUUCUGUCAGCAGAGAGGCCAAGUAUUGAAUGGGCCAUCCAUGGUAACUGACCUCUCUCACCAUUAUUGGUAUGUCUUCACUGGAAAAAAAUAAAAAGAGAAAAAAAAAUGUGGUUUUUAUCUCAGGUUGGCUAAGUUAGGUUAAAUUAGCAGUGAGGACAUAGCAACUUGACUUUUGCCUCAAGUUAGCGCCACAAGUGGGAGCGGGGAAUGAACUCAAGCUGCUAACCCGAGUUAAAAAUUUGCCUGGGUAACAUAAUGCCAGCUGAGCGCAAAAAGUCAGCCAGUAUGGAAGAAAAAGAAUCUUCAUUAAAUAACAAAGAAAAAGACUUCAGUGAAAGGCGAUCAGUGAGCAGUAGAGAGAAACCAAAGGAGGAUGUGAAGGUUGGCCUGAAGAGAGAGACUCUCAAGACACCUGAAGAUAAAAAGAAAAAACUGGAGGAGGAUAAACGGAAAAAAGAAGACAAGGAGCGAAAGAAAAAAGAAGAGGACAAGAUAAAAGCUGAAGAAGAGCAGAAGAGGAAAGAGGAUGAAGACAAAAAGAAAUUUGAAGAGGAAGAGAAAAAGAAACAAGAAGAGGAAGUAAAACGUCAGCAAGAGGAGGCAGCUGCACAAUUGAAAGAGAAAGAGGAAGCACAUCAACUCCAUCAGGAAGCUUGGGAGCGCCAUCAAGCAAGAAAGGAACUCCGCAGCAAAAACCAGAAUGCACCAGAUAACCGCCCUGAGGAGAAUUUCUUUAGCAGGCUAGACUCGAGUCUGAAGAAGAACACUGCUUUUGUUAAGAAGCUAAAAACUAUCACAGAACAACAGAGGGACUCCUUGUCUCAUGAUUUUAAUAGCCUCAAUUUAAGCAAGUACAUUGCAGAAGCUGUAGCUUCUAUUGUUGAAGCAAAGCUGAAAAUAUCAGAUGUGAACUGUGCCGUGCACUUGUGUUCUCUGUUUCACCAGCGCUAUGCUGAUUUUGCUCCAUCACUUCUUCAGGUUUGGAAAAAGCAUUUUGAAGCAAGGAAAGAAGAGAAAACUCCCAACAUUACCAAACUAAGAACUGACUUGCGUUUCAUUGCAGAAUUGACAAUAGUUGGGAUUUUCACUGAUAAAGAAGGUCUGUCUUUAAUCUAUGAACAGCUAAAAAACAUUAUUAACGCUGAUCGAGAGACCCACGCUCAUGUUUCUGUGGUAAUAAGCUUUUGCCGGCACUGUGGAGAUGAUAUUGCUGGUUUGGUACCAAGGAAGGUUAAAAAUGCUGCAGAGAAGUUUAACUUGAGUUUUCCUCCUAGUGAGAUAAUCAGCCCAGAGAAGCAACAGCCCUUCCAGAAUUUGUUGAAGGAAUACUUUACAUCUUUGACCAAACACCUGAAAAGGGACCACAGAGAGCUACAAAAUAUUGAGAGACAAAACAGGCGUAUUCUGCACUCUAAAGGAGAGUUGAGUGAAGAUCGACACAAGCAGUAUGAAGAAUUUGCAAUGUCCUAUCAGAAGCUGUUGGCAAAUUCUCAGUCUCUGGCUGAUCUGUUGGAUGAAAAUAUGCCGGAUCUUCCCCAAGACAAACCAACUCCAGAGGAACAUGGGCCUGGCAUUGACAUUUUUACCCCUGGCAAACCUGGAGAAUAUGACCUGGAAGGGGGCAUCUGGGAAGAUGAAGAUGCUCGAAAUUUCUAUGAGAACCUUAUUGAUCUAAAAGCUUUUGUGCCAGCCAUUUUGUUUAAAGAUAAUGAAAAAUGUUCUCAGAACAAGGACUCCGGCAAGGAUGAAUCUAGAGAUUCAAAAGAUGCCAAGGAUAAUAAGGAUGUUGCUGGUAGUGAGGAUUUGGAGUUGGAUAUGGAGAAUUUGGACAUUAAUGAUGAUAACUUGGAGUUAGACUGUGGAGAUGAAACAGAAGAUCUCACAAAAAAGCUUCUUGAUGAGCAAGUAUGCUCAGGCAGGAGAGAGGGAGCAGAUAGCACCGGAGCUGAAAAUAGUGACGGAAAACAAGCUGAAAGAAAACAAGAGGAUGAAGAAGCCAGUACUGGGUCUCACUUAAAACUGAUAGUAGAUGCCUUCCUUCAGCAACUCCCAAACUGUGUCAACAGAGACCUCAUAGACAAGGCAGCAAUGGAUUUUUGCAUGAGUAUGAACACAAAAGCCAAUAGAAGAAAGUUAGUACGAGCUCUCUUCAUAGUUCCUAGACAAAGGUUGGAUUUGCUACCAUUUUAUGCAAGGCUGGUUGCCACAUUGCAUCCCUGUAUGUCUGAUGUAGCAGAGGAUCUUUGUUCCAUGCUGAAAGGGGAUUUCAGAUUUCAUGUGAGAAAAAAGGACCAGAUCAAUAUUGAAACAAAAAAUAAAACUGUGAGAUUUAUUGGAGAGCUUGCCAAGUUUAAGAUGUUCUCCAAAAAUGACACCCUGCAUUGUUUAAAGAUGCUUCUGUCAGACUUUUCUCAUCACCAUAUUGAAAUGGCAUGUACUCUGCUGGAAACGUGUGGAAGAUUCCUAUUUAGAUCACCAGAGUCUCACUUAAGAACAAGCGUUCUUUUGGAACAAAUGAUGAGAAAGAAACAAGCAAUGCAUCUCGACGCACGGUAUGUCACAAUGGUGGAGAAUGCAUACUAUUACUGUAAUCCCCCUCCUGCUGAAAAAACUGUGAGGAAGAAACGCCCACCUCUGCAGGAGUAUAUUCGUAAGCUUCUUUACAAGGAUCUCUCCAAGGUCACCACUGAGAAGGUCCUGAGACAGAUGCGCAAAUUGCCCUGGCAGGAUCCUGAAGUGAAAGAUUAUGUUAUAUGUUGUAUGAUCAACAUCUGGAAUGUGAAAUACAAUAGUAUUCACUGUGUAGCUAACCUCUUAGCAGGGUUGGUACUUUACCAAGAGGAUGUUGGAAUUCAUGUUGUGGAUGGAGUGCUAGAGGAUAUUCGCUUAGGCAUGGAGGUUAACCAGCCAAAGUUUAAUCAGCGACGGAUCAGCAGUGCCAAGUUCUUGGGAGAACUUUACAAUUACCGAAUGGUCGAGUCAGCUGUAAUAUUUCGAACUCUAUAUUCAUUUACAUCAUUUGGUGUGAACCCUGACGGUACUGCUAGUCCACUGGACCCUCCAGAACAUCUUUUUCGAAUUCGACUGGUCUGCACCAUUCUUGAUACCUGUGGGCAAUAUUUUGACAGAGGUUCCAGCAAACGGAAGCUUGAUUGCUUCCUUGUGUACUUUCAGAGGUAUGUUUGGUGGAAGAAGAAUUUGGAAGUUUGGACAAAAGACCAUCCAUUUCCUAUUGACAUUGACUAUAUGAUCAGUGAUACGCUAGAACUGCUGAGACCAAAGAUAAAACUCUGCAAUUCUUUGGAAGAAUCUGUCAGGCAGGUACAAGAUUUGGAACGAGAAUUCUUAAUAAAACUAGGCCUUGUGAAUGACAAAGAUUCAAAAGAUUCUAUGACGGAAGGAGAGAAUCUGGAAGAAGAGGAAGAGGAGGAGGAAGGUGGAGCAGAGACAGAAGAACAGUCUGGAAAUGAAAGUGAAGUAAAUGAGCCAGAGGAAGAGGAGUGCUCAGACAACGAUGAUGAGGAGGGUGAGGAAGAAGAGGAAGAGAAUACCGAUUACCUCACAGACUCCAAUAAGGAGAAUGAAACUGAUGAAGAGAACACAGAAGUAAUGAUUAAAGGAGGAGGACUUAAACAUGUUCCUUGUGUAGAGGAUGAGGACUUCAUUCAAGCAUUGGAUAAAAUGAUGCUGGAGAAUCUUCAGCAACGGAGUGGAGAAUCUGUGAAAGUACAUCAGCUGGAUGUUGCUAUUCCCCUGCAUCUCAAGAGUCAGCUAAAGAAGGGUCCACCCUUGGGUGGUGGGGAAGGAGAAUCUGAGUCGGGAGACACAAUGCCAUUUGUCAUGUUAACUCGAAAAGGCAACAAGCAGCAGUUUAAGAUCCUAAAUGUGCCAAUGUCUUCCCAACUUGCUGCCAACCACUGGAAUCAACAACAAGCUGAGCAAGAGGAGAGAAUGAGAAUGAAAAAGCUCACUCUGGAUAUUAAUGAACGGCAAGAACAAGAGGACUAUCAGGAGAUGUUACAGUCUCUGGCACAGCGUCCAGCUCCAGCAAAUACUAAUCGUGAACGGCGGCCUCGUUACCAGCAUCCGAAGGGAGCACCUAAUGCAGAUCUAAUCUUUAAAACUGGUGGGAGGAGACGUUGAUCCAGCAGCAAGUGUCAUUUCAUUAGGUCCUGUAUCUCUGAUGUUGUGGAUAGUGGAGUCCUCCAGCAAUUAAAUGAGAGCCGUGGACACAUCUCAGCAUGUCAGUCUAGAGAGUUCAGAAUCGAAACCUGGGACAGGCUGGAGCCGUGGGGAAGAAACACCAGCCUCCACUAAAAACAGAACAAGUGGAAGCUUCCAAGUCAUGGCCUACAAAAAAAGCAUUUUGUUACAGGAACCGUGUGAGGGUUAAUCUUCUCAUGAGAAUGGAAGUAAAUAAAUGAGAUGGUUAACUUGACCAGUGAGCAGUUCAGUUACAACAAAGAGCAAUUAAAAAUAAGAUGGAUUACACUGGAACGGAAAGGGUUUUGAUGGCUCGAUGUGAGGAAAAAACAAAGAAAGUUCUAAACCCAGUGGGAGUUAUAUUAUCUCUGAAUCGAGCAUUCUGUGGCAGAAGAAUAUUCUUUUGGGGGCUUCAAGUCUACAGUAGAAAAGUGUAGAGCAAGCAGUAAAAUCUUAUCGCAAACCCUGACAUGUAGGAUGACAAAAUUAUGAUCAAUUAGCAAACAUCAGAUACUCCACAGAGGGAAGGCUUUUGUUUUAACAAUAACCUUUUUCUAAAAGGAAUAGGCGGGAGGGGGAAAAUCAAACAGAGGCAAGGAGAUAAAAUUGUCUGUUAAGGUUAAAGACAAAAUGUGAAGUUUAUUGACAGAGUGUUUACCCAAAUUGCAUAGAACAGCCUGACACCAGCCUAAGAACAGGGAUAUAGUUGAGCCCCAUUGUAAGUAUCAUUGAAAACCAAAAUGUGCCAGUCAGCAUGACAGAAGGACAUCAAGGAGCGGAUCCAAAUGUUUUGUUGACCUUCACGGGUUGACGAGCCUUUGUGUCUAAAAAAGAGAGAGAAAAAAGUCUGGAAAUAAAUAGAAUUUUUAUUUUAUUUUUUUUCUAGGUAGAAAAGAGGUUUCUUGGUCCGUUUCUGACAAUCUGUUAUUUAUUAGUAUAGUUGUGUUUUUUUGUUCGCUUUCAGGUAGGUGUAGUACAUUCAGUUAAAGAGCACAUCUGUAUGCUACUACUUGAUUAAAUCUUUUUUUCUAGCUCUUUUAAAAUUCUUUCUACCACUGGUUUGGUUUUUGCAUGUAGAAUAAAAAGACUUGUAAAAUUGUAACAUUUCAUACAGAAAUGCCGCCCGAUCUUCACCAGCUUCAGAAAUCUGACCUUUGCCGAUGCUGCAAUAAA